AUAUAAGAGUGGCAACAUAUAGAGGUUAUUAUAAGCAACAAAGAGAGAUUUUAAACAAAACCUUAUAAGAGUCUAAGAUGGCUAGGGUUUCUCGCAAGCAUUAUCUUCUAGUUGCUUUUUUCCUCCUUUGCUUCAUCUCUACAACUGCUAGAGCACAGAGUUUGCCAAAGGAGGCCAGGGAAACGGAGAAGGGCCACGAUGAUCAGGUGCUUACUGCAGCAACUGAAGAUGGAGCAUCUAAUGUUGAUGAAUUAGUAGCUGUGGACUACAAUCCGGCAAGAAGGAAGCCUCCAAUCCAUAACUAAGGAGAUUUUGUGAAACAAGGACCAUAGCUUUGUUUAGGCAUUAAUUUUACCGCAAUCCUACUUUUAUAUAUGUUGAGUGUAUGUGCUUAGUGUUUAAAUAUAGUAGAAGGAAUAAAAAGUUGGAAGAAAUUAUUUAUAUAUAGAAACGAGAAUCCAGAAUUGAUCAUAGACACAGUGUGUAUAUAUAUAUGCAUUGACAUAUUACCCUAGCUAGGGUUCGUGCAUAUCUAUCUUCUGAAAGUUAGGGUCAUGCAAUAAGUUUCCUAGAGUUGCUUUGGCAGUGUUCUUGUUAUUGAGAUGCCUUAACUUGUAUUUGUCUAGUGAAUAUAUACAUCUACAGCUUUCUUCUAGUA